AUGCUCAGAAUGUACCAGGAAAAGGUAUUGAGAAUUAUUGAACCAGUAUACAGGGGGACAGUUGCCUGGCACUUAGACAGGGGGACAGUUGCCUGGCAGUCAGACAGGGGGACAGUUGCCUGGCAGUCAGACAGGGGGAUAGUUGCCUGGCACUCAGACAGGGGGAUAUUGCCUGGCACUCAGACAGGGGGACAGUUGCCUGGCACUCAGACAGGGGGACAGUUGCCUGGCACUCAGACAGGGGGACAGUUGCCUGGCACUCAGACAGGGGGACAGUUGCCUGGCACUCAGACAGGGGGACAGUUGCCUGGCACUCAGACAGGGGGACAGUUGCCUGGCACUCAGACAGGGGGACAGUUGCCUGGCACUCAGACAGGUGGACAGUUGCCUGGCACUCAGACAGGGGGACAGUUGCCUGGCACUCAGACAGGGGGACAGUUGCCUGGCACUCAGACAAUGGGACAGUUGCCUGGCACUCAGACAGGGGGACAGUUGCCGGGCAGUCAGACAGGGGGACAGUUGCCUGGCACUCAGGUAUAA